CUUCUUCGUCCUCAUGCUCUUUGUCAUAUAAAAAUCCGCCAUGGGAACAAUUACCAAAUAGUAGCCAGCCAUGGUGGUAACCGCCACUCCCGAUUGGACCAGUCUCCCCGAACACCUCCUCGCCUCAAUAGCAAAACGCCUCCACAGUCGAAUCGACCUCCUCCGUUUUCGCGCCGUUUGUCGGUUGUUUCGGUGCAUAAUUCCUCCUGUUCCAAAAGUCCUGUUUCCCUUCUCAAUUUUAACCUCCACUGACUUCCUCAGGGGCCCGAAUCCUCUCGGUAAUGACCUCUUUUACCCCACCGAAUCCACCGUCUACGCCAUCAAGCCCUUUGACGACGAAACGUCUCAAACAUGGUUGAUCAAAGUGGAUGAGACAAAACCAGGUAGACUCCAGAUAAAGGAUCCGCUUUCAGGAUAUCCUUAUAAUAACUUGUCCUGGAAGUUACCUAAGUCUAUGAACUUGUUGGAUUAUCGAGUCAAGGAAAUUAGUAAAUCAUAUAGACUUGUAUCUACCGGUUUCUUUGUAGCCAAGUACCCUUACAAGGUAUAUCCAAAGAGUUUUUCUGUCUCCGCAAAAAUGAUUUUUACUUCGCAUCUUGAUGAGACUGAUGAUGAGUUUGCGGUUAUCGCAAAAUUCGGAAGAAAAAACCUGAGCAUGUGGAGAAAUUUCGACAAGAAGUGGACUAAUGUAGAAAUGUACCUCGAGUCAUCUGAGUAUAUCUUGGAUAUCAUUUACCAUACUCACAAGUUCUAUGUUUUGAUCUCCAGGGGUUUUACUAUAAGCCUGGAUUCAAAAUCCAUGACUAUUAAUGAAGUUCCAAGCCCGCCCGAGGACUCAAAUUCACAGUUGAUAAGCCUGCUACGCUUGGUGGAGUCGUGUAAGGAUUUGCUCCUGAUUGGUAAGUACAGGGAUUCCGGAGAAACUAAGGAUCAUUUUAAGGUUUUUAAGCUUAAUGAAGAGAGAUGUGAGUGGCUUCCGGAAUUGGAGUUAGAAGAUAGAGCGUUGGUUAUGGAUCGAGAUGGUUCGUAUUCUCUUUCGGCAAAAGAGUUCUCAGGAUGCAGAGGGAACAGUAUUUAUUUCCUGGAUGAUUACAGUAGCCCAAAAUAUGGUCAUCCUGGGGAAGGCGUCAGGAUUUUUGACUUACAGGAUGGAAGUGUUGGGGAACUCUCAAAAUUUCCGGGAAAUUCUCACCUUUUCUGGCCUCCACCAACUUGGCUGAAGUAGGAUUCCUCUUAAGGCUGGAUCCCAAUCGCACUAGUUUUCCUCAAUGUUCAGAACGAAUUUGAGUUAAAGAAUAUCACCCUGGAUGUAUGCUUUUGGAUUUUUCAGUCGAAUCACGUUGAAGAUUGCUUAUCUAUCAUACUUUGUCUCUUUCUAUGCUUUCACCCAAGUCUAUUCAAUUUUGGUGUUCUUAUCAGUAGUGUAAAAGACCAUUCUAGAUAAGAGUCCUCCAAGUCUCCAAGUAAACGUCCCAAGAGAGUGCAUUCCAAGUAAACGUUCCUGGAAGCAAAGUCCUGACUUGAAUGAAUUACCCACGUUAGAAACUUCAAUUCAAGGAGUUUAGUCAAAUUAGUCGGCUUGCUAGAGCCAAAAAAGAAAUUCCCCAGCCGAUGAAGUGAAAAACGUGUUUUAAAAACAAAAACCGAACCAGGCGAUUGGAUCAAGAAUAUUGACCGAAACGUCAGGUUAAUCCAAUCAAACCUUUGUGUUAAUGUAUGUUCCAAACAAUUGCCAUCACAAGGCUGCUAUCAAAUUUUGCAUCCGGUGAACUCAACUCGGGUUAUAUCAAAUAUGGAGUAUGCGGGUGGAAACAAGUUAAGUUACCCAGGACUUAAUUCUUAUUGAUUGAGUUGUACCUAAUUCAUUUAUUAUAGAAUUGAAUUUAAACACACAAUCUUAAGCA